GUCAGCCUGUGGAUGGAGGAGUCACAGUGAGCAGAGCAGAGCAGAGCAGACAGCCGUGUGUUGGGAGUGAUGGCGUCUCCAUUUGUGCCGGUCCCGGUACCCAUAGAGCGCCCCCCGCGGGCUGACAGGAGCACCUCGUCCUACACUCCGCCGGGUCAGAGUCCAGUGACCCGCGCCAGGCUGAGUGGGCCGGAGCCCUCAGUGGAGUACUGCAGCUGCCCCCGCCCUGACGGCCUGCCAGACACACCCGACACACCCCGGCCCGCCACGCCCACUGUCCUGGGCUAUGAGGUCAUGGAGGAGCGCGCAAAGUUCACUGUCUACAAGGUGCUGGUCAGGAAGAAUGUGGACGAGAGCUGGGUGGUGUUCCGGCGCUACACAGACUUCUCCAGACUCAAUGAUAAGCUGAAGGACAUGUUCCCCGGGUUCAGGCUUUCUCUUCCUCCUAAGCGCUGGUUUAAGGACAACUAUGAGACGGAGUUCCUGGAGGAGCGACAGCUGGGCCUGCAGACCUUUCUCCAGAACCUGGUGGCCCAUAAAGACAUCGCCAGCUGUGUGGCCGUUCGAGAGUUCCUGUGUCUGGACGAUCCCCCCGGCCCCUUCGACAGUCUGGAGGAGAGUCGGGCGUUCUGCGAGACACUCGAGGAGUGUAACUACAGGCUUCAGAAGGAGCUUCUGGAAAAGCAGCGAGAGAUAAACAGCCUGAAGGAGACGCUGGAGGAGAAAGAGCUGCAGAUUCAGAAGCUGGAGGAGCGAAUCAGCGGGCCGCUCCUCACCCCGGACAGCACGUGUUGUGUGUCAGAUGUGGAAUCCUCCGCUGCUGAAGCUGAUCAGGAGCUGCUGGACGACGGCCUGUGAGUGCCUCCGUUAUCUGUUAUUCAGGUCACUCCACUGGAACACUGACCGGCUCCUGUAUGUGUGUGUGUGUGUGUGUAUGUGUGUGUGUGUGUGUGUGUAUGUGUUAGUGUGUGUGUGUGUGUGUGUGUGGGUUAGCUCGGUUUCUGCAUCACCAAAAGCCAUAUGUACCCUGCAGCAGGACAGACGUGUGCACUUUACAGUCCAGGGGAUUAUGGGAUGGAUGCUCUUGAAGAGUCGUGUGCCUUUCCUCAAACACAGAGAUGAAGACGCUGUGCCUUCAGUCUGCUCACACACACACACACACACACAGAACAUGGAUUCUGCCGAUGUGCACUCACUCAGAUGGUCAGGUGUGUGUGUGUGUGUGUGUGUGUGUGUGUGUGUGUGUGUGUGUGAAAGCAGAUGCUCCUGGAUUCAGCUCUACUGUUUACAGCAAUAUCUCUGGUGUGUCUUCAGCGGGUGAUGAUGAUGGUGAUGAUGAUGAAGAGGAUUAUUGUAGCUCUUACUCUGCAGAUGUGCUGGUCAGAGGCUCUGCUGGACUGAGGGAUCAGUCUUCACUAAUGGAUUUCCAGACUUCUGUUCUUUACAAACUGUAUUUAAUCAUAUAAUGAAGAGUCGAACUGUCAGGAGAUGUACAAAGCAAAUAUGAUGCAGUGUGUGUGUGUGUGUGUGUGUGUGUGUGUGUGUGUGUGUGUUGGAUGACAGUGGUUUAAUUGUUCCUCAAUGUUAGUGUCAGUAGAUCACAGCUCUGGAGAUAAUCACAGCGUUUCAUUCCGUUUCACAAUAAAGCCACAUUAUAGUUAAA